AUGGAUGGAACCACCUACACGGCGUCGUGGGAUCAUAUUGUGGCCAUUUAUGAACAUGACAAAAAAAAUGAAGAGUACGGUCUACGAGUUCUUUUUAAAUUGAAUCACAACCACAUUCACAUUGAAAGAAGUAAAAUGAAGGUAUCAAAUGCUGCACAAGUGUUCAGUCAUAAAGUUGCUUCAGUAAUUAAACUCGUUGCUGAUAAUGCUCCCAAAGAAAGCUUGCUGGCAAAUGCUGUAGGUACUGCAUAG